GGGCGGGGGGGGCUGCACGAUUCCCCGCCCUUCUCCGGGUCCACCCCCUCAGCGCCGCUCCCGCCGCCGCCCGCAGCCGCCGCCGCCCGGUGGAGGAUGGUGGGGGCCCGGGGCUCUGCCCCCCGCCGCGGAGCUCUGCUGCUGCUUCUCGCCGCCCUCGGGGCCUGCCGCCUGCGCCUCGCCCGUGCCGCUGUGUCCUGUCCAAGGAGCCUGGACUGUGCCCUGCAGCGCCGGCAGUUCUGCCUGCCUGGCUCGGGCAGCUGUGGCCCCUGUCUGCCUGCCUUCCAGGAGGACAGCCGUGGCCGAUGUGUCCAGAAGCAGCUCUCACUCAGUGGGCAAACAUCCCUUCCCAGCCUGGAGGAAGAAAUAGAUUUACUGGCAGACGUGCUGGCCAGGCAGGAGGCCCCUGGCCCCAAGGCACUGCAGGAUGGCAAACCCAGGACCACCCUGGUCCCCGACAGCAUCAGACAGCGUGUGGCCAGCGGGCUGAGAGGGGGGAUUCUGCAGCAGGAUCCUGCUGGCAGCAAGUCAGCCACAACCCUCCCCACCACCACCACCACUGCCACGGUCCAGAAGUAUCCAGUGGAAGCAUCCCCCAUCCCUUCCAAUGACAAAGUGGUGCUUGGGCUGAUCGUGGUGUGCACGGUGGCCGGGGUCUCGGCGCUGAUGGUGGCCGCAGUCUGCUGGUGCAGGCUGCAGAAGGAGAUCAGGCUGGCACAGAAAGCUGACUACUCAGCACAGCGAGUGGCCAGCCCCCUGCCCUAUGACAAGAUCUCGCCCGGGGACAAGACACUGGCUCAGAGUGCCCAGAUGUACCACUACCAGCACCAAAAGCAGCAGAUGCUCUCCAUGGAGAAGCAUAAAGAGGAGCCCAAGCUGCCAGACUCAGCAUCAUCUGACGAGGAGAAUGAGGAUGGAGACUUCACGGUGUAUGAGUGCCCCGGGCUGGCUCCGACUGGAGAAAUGGAAGUGAGGAACCCGCUGUUUGACGACUCCUCCUUACACCCCUCCAACCCCAGUUCGCACCAGUAACACCCCCUCCUCUCCUCUGCCCGAGCUCGCUCCAGACUCUGUGCCUGACGCCAAGGGGCAACCGCGCCGGAGGGGCAACCCCAGAGCGAUGGAGGGGCGCGGACCGGUGGUGCCAGGCUGCUCACACCUGCCCAAUAAACACCCACUAACAGCUAUGGGAGGGGGGGAUCGCCCCCGUUUCCAGCGUCCUUGUCCUCUUUGCUGCUGUGAUCGCAUCCCUGCCUUGCCCUUCGCUCACUGCUCUCGGGGACAAACCAGCCCCGCACGGGGAGUGGCCGCUGAUUCGGUACCGAAACUGGGAGGGCCACAGCACUGUAUCUGUAUUUGGCUUUAUGGAGGAGGCUGCAGCUGGGCUGGUGCCUCAGGAGCUGCGAAAGGGAUGAAGGGGGGGUUGGAGAGCAGGAAAGGGGGCUAAGGGCACCCAGGCAUUUCCAUGCCUGCAGAGGAAGGUGUCAGGGCUGCCGGUCUGCCCAGAGCCCCUCUGAUAGGGAUGGAGACUGAGAGCUCUGGUGCUGGUCUGCCUCUUUCUUCCCUGCCUGGGAAGCCCCUCGCAGCAGGGUCCCACUUGGGGCAGAAGCAGGAGCAGCUCAGGCAGGUGCUGGCAUCAGUCCCAGGAUGCAGCUUCUGAUGCUGCCCUGCACAGGGUCUGGCUGGAACAGAAGCUCUGCCCUGUCCCUGCACAGACUCCUUCCCCUUCUAGGGGUGCUGGCCUUCUGGAGCCUCAGAGCAUGGACCAUCCCAGUGCCACUGGGACCCCAUGCCAGGCUGUGCCAGCAGGGCAGCUGCUCCUGGGUUCCAGAUGGGCUCUGCCCCUGGACUUUCAUGGGGUGAAAGAUCAGAAAAAAUGUUUGAGGUUUUGGUGUUAAGCCUGUGUGGCUGUGGAGGAGGAAGGAGUGAGACUGAUGGGCUCUUGGCAGGCUGGGAGGGACAGCCAAGACACAGCUUUGCUGCUUCUCUGCCCCACAGAGCCCAUGCCCUCUGCAGCAUCCCUGUGGAGCAUCGGCCUCACACUUUCUCCAUGCAUCCCUUCAUGGAAGGGCACAGUCUCCCGUGCUCCAUCCUGGGCACCUCCCAGGCUCCAGAGAUAUCCCUGCAUCCCUCCAUGUCCUUUGUUUGCAUCCAGGCUCACCACCCCCAACAACACAUCUUUGCUGGGACCCCAGCACUGGUCCCCAAAGCCUCCCUUGUGCAGUGGCCAUGACCCCUCUGGUGCAAGGCCUGGGGUGGGUUUGGGGCUGCUUUUCACAGAUGUGGCUUCAUGUCCACCCUGUCAUGGACUGUUGUGGCCACAAAUGACCUGUUGAAUGCACACAUGUGUCUUGCACAAGGAUGGCCUCUUGCACACGGGUGGCCUCUUGCACACAUAGGAGCCGUUGCACACUCAGCAUCCCUUGCACAUGCAGGCAGGCACGGGGCCUGUGCCCGUGAGUGAUGGUGAUGUGGGAAGGUCCCUGGCAGGUCACUGGCUCUGGCUGUUGUGCAGAUCAUUUUCCCCCCAACUCCCGUACCUGUGGGCUGCCGCCCCUCUCCCCAUGCCCCUCGGUGUUGUAUGGAUUGUAGUUCUUUUAAAAGGAGAUUUUAUUAAACGACCAUGUUUGAGACCCA